GAAAAAAAAGUAUAUAUAUUUGAAAGCUAAUGCACUGUACAUUGAGUCCUCCAUUAAUAAAUACACCUAUUAAUUGUUUUCAGAAACUAUUUUUUCUUUUAAACAUGUGGCUGUUUGUCACAUGAUAAUCAUUGGAUACAUCUUUUUUUUUAAUGUCCCAUUUCAACCCUUUCCCCUCCACAAAGUCAGCCUGUAUCACUGCCUGACUGAGUAUUUGGCAGGUGAAGAAGGUUCAGUCCCCAUCCUCUCCUCUCAGAGGCGCAGUAAUCUACCAUUUUCCUCAGAGUAGGAAGUGCAGCUCGCGGUGAACACUGAAUUGAAAGUACGCCAUAAAUAUGGCGCCAAAAGAGUUUUCAAGCUGAUGAUAAGAAGCUGAUUAUUUUUUCCUCCUCCAGUGUUGUCUCCUCGGAGGGUGAAGGAGGAAGAGGUUGAAGAAGACAGGAGCCGUCUGUGCUUUAGUGAGCAGAGCUGUGUGUGUGUGUUGUGCACGUCCACCGGCUGCUAGAGGAGUGGAAGCGAAGUGAAGAUUUUUAUUUUUGAAGGAGGGACGUUGCGAAACUAGCUUGCAAUCUUUUCUGACUCAUCGUUUGGAAAUAAAGCAUCCUUUUCUUUUCUUUUUUUAAAUAUUUUACAGAAACCCUCCUCCUCUUCUUCUUGCCUUCCUCCUUCCUCCUCCUCCUCCUUCCUUCCAGUACCGCUGCUGGCACCGGAGAGGAAAACAUCGUCGGGGUUUUUUUUUUUUUUUGGACACCACCACGUUUGGGUUGCUGCUUGCUUUUUUUUUUUUUUUUUUUUUUUUUUUUUUUUGCAAAAUGCGACAUGCUUUCCUCCUGUGAGCGGUGGUGUGUUGUGCGCACCUCGCAGCAGCAGCAGCAGCCUGCUACACCACCGUGAACUGGACCACCACCACCACCAACAACAACACCACCACCACCACUGGGUUUGUUGUUGUUGUUGACUUGCAAACUCAAAGUCUGGCUGCCACUUCUUUUUGGAUUUUUAUUGUGGAUUUGGACUCCUCGCGCGGCCGGUCUCUUUGCAGAGCUCACGUGCUGUCAACACGGAGGAGGGAGGGAGGAAGGAGGAAGGAAGGGACAAGUCCUGUCAACCCAACGUGGAUCCCAGAGUAUCAGGGCUGUUUCCACUGUAAAAACUACAUGUGCCUGGCUCUCCAAUGAUCUCCUAAUCUCUGUGAAUCACCCCUCCGUCCAGGACUGUGGACGUCUCUGCUGCACGCCGAAGCUGACUGCAUCAAGAUGGAGAGCGAAAAGAAGAGGAGAAAAUACUCCACGAGCAGCAACGACUCUGACACCACAGACAGUCAGGUGACGUCGUGGUCCAGAUCAUCCAAGAACACGGGCACCAGCAGCACAUGGGUCCGCCAUCAGCACAAGAAACCAUCAGAGGUAUUUCGUACCGACUUCAUCACGGCCAUGAAGCUGCCGGACUCGGCCCAGCUCGGCCCGGACGACUUCUACGUGCUCUCGGACCCCUGGAGACAAGAGUGGGAGAAGGGAGUGCAGGUCCCUGCCAGCCUGGAGGCCAUACCAGAGCCUGUGGUCAGGUUGAUGUCGACAUGCGGUCUUUCCAACAACAGGCAGGAGCGGGAGAGCAACAGCCAGUCUCCUCCCACCCAGCGCUACAGCUGCUAUGACCUGGAUGACCUGGACGUUGCCUGGCUGGAGCUGGUCAACCACGAGUUCAGACAGAUGGCAUUACCGGAGCUGGACGAGCUGACGAUGGAGUGCGUUCUGGUCGAGCUGGAGAGCGUGUGCGAGGAGAAGAUGCGGCAGGCCAUCGAGACGGAGGAAGGCCUGGGCAUCGAGUACGACGAGGACGUGGUGUGCGACGUCUGCCGCUCGCCAGAGGGAGAGGACGGCAACGAGAUGGUCUUCUGUGACAAGUGCAACGUCUGCGUUCAUCAGGCGUGUUACGGCAUCCUGAAGGUACCCCAGGGGAACUGGCUGUGUCGGACCUGCGCGCUGGGCGUCCAGCCCAAAUGUCUGCUCUGCCCCAAGAGAGGGGGGGCCCUCAAGCCCACCCGCAGUGGAACCAAGUGGGUCCACGUCAGCUGUGCCUUAUGGAUCCCUGAGGUGAGUAUAGGCUGUCCAGAGAAGAUGGAGCCCAUUACCAAGGUGUCCCACAUCCCCGCCAGCCGCUGGGCUCUGUCCUGCAGCCUGUGUCGAGAACACACGGGAACCUGCAUACAGUGCUCCAUGCCCUCCUGUAUCGUGGCCUUCCAUGUGACGUGCGCCUUCGACCACGGCCUGGAGAUGAGGACCAUCCUGGCAGAGAACGACGAGGUGCGUUUCAAGUCCUUCUGCCUGGAGCACAGCUGCACCGCCGGCAACAGCAGUACAGCAACCAACAACUUCUCCAGUUUGACCGGUGUGAGCAACGGCAACCACACGGCCGCUUCCACCACCAACGGAGCACAUGCCGCAGCCAGACCCGACUGGGCCACCAUCGGUGCCAGUUCUGAGCUCCGGACGGACCAUCAGCACCAACCAAACUUCAGCAGUGACCCGGAGCAGAGGCCGGUAUUGUACCCGAUUUCGGUGUCGGCAUCGGAGCGAGCUGAGCGGGACCAGCUGGAGAGAGAGAAGGUGAGCCAGAGGAAACAGAAGCUCCAGGAGCUGGAGGAUGAGUUUUACCAACUGGUGGAUCCCAGGGAGGUGGCCGAAAACCUGGCGCUGCCCGUCCCCCAGGUGGACUUCUUAUAUCAGUUCUGGAAGAUGAAGAGGAAGGCCAACAAUAAUCGACCUCUGGUGACCUUAAAGAGGGACGAGGUGGACAACCUGGCCCAGCAGGAGCAGGACGUCCUCUACAGACGCCUCAAACUCUUCACACACCUCCGACAAGACCUUGAGAGGGUGCGUAACCUGUGCUACAUGGUGACACGGAGGGAGAAAAUGAAACACACCCUGUGCGACCUCCAGGAGAAGAUCUUCCACCUGCAGAUACAACUACUGGAAGAAGACAUAGCUGGAGAGAAAACCCAGAAGGGAGAAAAGAGGAAGCAGAAUGGAGUGAAGGAGAAAGGGAAGGAGAGGAGGAAGAGUAGUCCUGAGAAGAAAAAGGAGAGAUUGAAGCCAGAGAACGGCUCCCUGCUAAAAGAGCUAGGUUUGUCAAAGUCCUUCCCGUUGGACAACUCUUUGUUCGACAGCUGGCUCGCCCAGCCGGUUCAGAUCACCGCUGAUGACAUGCUGAGCCAGUGGGCUCUGGGCGCCCAGCAUCGGGACAAGAGCGGCAGCCUGCUCUCCGUCCAGCUCCUGCAGGGCGAGGAGAACCUGCUAAACCUUAUGAUGGAGAACAACAUGCAGUCCACCUGGAAAACACCUCAGCUGGGCCGCAAAUCGCGAGGGAGCAACAAGCCCCGUGCUCGUGGAAACCCGCAAUCCACCUCCCCCACCCUACCCCAGACGCUCCUGUCUGCAGCGGCCGCCGCCUCCGCCGCCAGCAGCCCCUCCACUGCAAAGAGCCUCUGGGAAAGCGUGGCGGAGGAAAAGCCCAGCCAUGUGGGCCGGAAAGGGGAAAGGUCCAGAGGUUCCUCCAAGGCCUCUCACCACCACUUCCUUCAUCACCACCAGACAAGGAGCUCUGACCUGCACAGGGACCCGCCUCCGCAGCCGCCCAUCUCCAAAAUGGAUUCCUGUCACAUCUCGGAGGACCGCGGCCCGUGGGACAGCGUCUACACAGGGAAUGGCGUCACAUCUGGUUUCACUGCAAGCUCAUCUCCACGUCCGGCCUCCAGCCCCGGAGGCACGUUGCCCGACACGGGGGCGAUCAUUCGCGGCAGGGGUCCGCGGCUCCGUCUGUCCCGCCAGGGCAAAUCCAGAGGUAGGGGCGUCAGUGGAGGUGGAGGGCUGGAGUCUAUGGGAAAGGACACGUCCCUGCUGGACGCUGCCGAGACUGACGGGUACUUCUCUGAUGGCGAGCAGAGUGAUACGGACACACGCUCUGGCGGACGCAAACUCCGCUUGCCGCAGUUGCAUUCUGGGAACGAGGACCUGCUGAGAAGGAGCGUGCUGGCAUCCUAAAGAGACACAAACCAACACACACCAGAGUCCUGCUGGCUAAUUGUCUCUCCAUCUGUGCCCAACAUACAGCCCACAAAAUGUGGCUGGAUGGCGUUGCUCAACCAAAUCCCGUCACAUUUACCCACGGAAAAUCUCUUCAGCUCUCACCUGCUUUGUUUUGGGGGGGGGGGAAUUUGAAUGUAGCGGUUUGUCGUACAGUAAAGCUUCUCCACCGGACCGUCGUUACCACAAGAUGCGAUACAUUCAACAAAAUAGGAAACAAACAUUACCUUUAGUCUCUUUUUUUUUUGUUUUGUAUUUCAUUUUGUUUCUGGGCGUUGAAGUACCCAUCUCUGGCCUCAUGUUUGUGGUAUCUGCCAGAUUUGGGAACAAACACUUCGGGGCAUUAUUAUUAUUAUUAUUAUUCAAGCUGGUUUCAGGGUCUGCUUCGCUCUUGGUCUUCACGGCCCGAGAUGCAUCCAAUGAGUCCUUGUUUUCUUGAAUACGUUCAGUGGAAAGACAAUUUCACACCAGAGCUGGUCUGAAUAUGUACAGAGGGUGACAUGGGAUAACAUGUAUUCAGCCUUGAAAAGCACAACUAGCUAGUCAUAAGAGCUGUAAUGUAAGCACUCGUGUGUGCAUAACAGAUGCUCAUUCAGGGUUGGGUUCAAUUCUCAUCAUGUUGUUGCAAAAUGGAGCUCUCAAAUUUAUCUCCACAGACUGAAAAGACAGAUUUGCAGCUUUUCCCAAUUUUAGAAUAGCAAAUGAAUUAACCCCAACCCUGGUGCACAUUCAGAUUGUCACACAGAGACACAAACGCACACACACACAUACUGACACACAUACUAUAAGCAAAUCCCUUUGCUCACAUCACAACCGUUGUUGAAAUAUUUGAUCUGACGUUUGUCAGCUGCUUUCAAAUUCUUCCUAAUUCUUUUUUUUUUUUUUUUUUUUUUUUUUUAAGCCUGAAUCUUUGGAGGAAAAUUCAUCAUAGAAACUCUGUGCCUUCUGUCGCUUGCCCUGUGCCCCUGCAUCCCCUCGACACCCCCCCGCACCUCCCCAACCCAAACCUUAUCAAUCAACCAAACAAUCAGUAAGUAGAUCAAUCAGUCGUUUCUCAAUCGGAUUUGUAA